AUGUCGGGCAUAUUUAGAUUCAAUAUCCGUAACAGUGAACCAUCGCUUGUUAGCAAUCUAAAGAGAAUCACUACCAUCUUCUUUUUGGUCGGUCUGCUUGCUUAUCUGGGUUGGCUUUGCUAUUCUUUAUCUCGUUAUGAAACGACGCUUAUUUACUCCAGAAACAAGAUUAAAGGAUUGCCAUCACCAAUUCCGUUUAUAACUUUAGUGCUUCAUGUUACUUGGUACAAUAUGGUAGAUGGACAUGUUUCACCGUCCAAAUGUCAAUCUUACCUGGGUUCAUCUAGUUUUGAUCUCACAACGAAAUCAUACAUAAUAAAUUUUGUUGCCCAAGACUUUAUGUUCCCAGAUCCAGCGAGUCACCAUUAUGAAAAAAGCGUAAUUCGACGGAUAACUUUUGAUUUUGCUAUAAUUGAUCCGGUUUAUCCACUUGGUGGGGAUGCUCGGAUGUCUGCAAUCUUAUUUGAUGCAGAAUCGAAAGCUGUUUCGGCAAACAGUCCGAAUUAUUCAGAAACCGAAGUCAAUUCUACAGUCUAUUCUAACAUUUACACACUUGGGAAGGGUCAGCACAACGUUUUCAAGAUUGAGCGCACUAUCCGCAAGUUUAUAAUUCCAAGUGCGGGAAACGUUCUUAUUGGAAGACCUCAUUUCGUAACCUUGCCCAUGCUCAGUAGUACAUACGCUACAUAUCCAGUUGUUAAUGCUAAGGGCAACGUUUAUGCAGGUGCUUCUGUCGAACCUUCCUCCUAUAUUGUUAAUACUGAAAUAGAGAAAUCUAAUAUGACUUUGCUUGAUGUAUUGAGUGCUUUAGGAGGAAUGUAUUCUUUAAUUAUGGCGUUCUAUGGACGAUUGUAUGGUGAGGAAGAAGAGACGGAUAAGAAAAAUGAGAAAGGUGUUAAUCUUGCUGAAUGGGCUAAUGAUAGAGACACUGACACAGUAACAGUUAUCAAGCGUGGUACAGAAAGUGCAGGGGAAAGCACAGUCACUGUAAUUGUAGAUAUGAAUCUAAUUGAAAAACUCAACAGAAUUGAUAUCUUGGAAAAAAGACAAAAGUCAUUGGAGGCCUUUUUGCAGGAUUAUGUUGUUGAUAUAAAGUUAUAUAAAAAGUUUAAAAAGAAGAACAAGUUAACACUUAAGGAUAUUCUGUAG